AUGUCGCCCAAUCCGCCCUCUAUUUCCGUCGUCAUUGUCGGCGCGGGCCUGGCCGGCCUAAUGACCGCAAUUGGGCUUCGCCGGGCCGGUCACCAAGUGACCGUGCUAGAAAAAGCACCCGAGCUGGGACAAAUCGGAGCGGGCAUCCAAGUUCCCCCAAACGCGACUCGGAUCUUCAAGGCCUGGGGCCUUCUAGACGCCCUCAACGAGGUCGCGGAGGUGCCGGAAUCAGCCACUCUGCGCUCAUACCGCGGUGAAGCACUAUCCAGGAUCUCCCUCCUGGAGACAAUGGAACCCACCUACGGGACGCCCUAUCUGUCAGUGCACCGGGUGGAUCUCCACCACCUGCUAGCGCAAACGGCGAAGGAAGAGGGCGCGCAGAUCCGACUAGGAGUCGAUACCCAAGACAUCAAGACAGCAGGAGACCGUCCAGUCGUACAGCUAGCAGACGGAGAGAUCAUCGAAGCGGAUCUCAUCCUCGGCGCGGAUGGCGAACGCUCAACCUGUCGCCGCAUUCUCCUCAACGAGCCGAACAUGCUCCGGGACAGUGGUGAACACGUCUACCGAGUGACCGUUCCCAUCCCGGAGAUCGCCGCAGCGGACGAGGAGCUGCAAAGUCUGCUGAGCCCGCCGCAGAUCAACCUCUGGAUCGGCCCGGGGGGCAACGCCCUCACGUACCGGCUCAAGCGCGACAACCUCUUCAACGUGGUGUUCAUGCAGGAGCACGGGCCCGAGUCGGACGUACCGUUGAUCCCUCAGCGCGUCGGCAAGGAGGUCGUCGCCCAAGAGUUUCAAAAUGGCUGGGACCCGAAGUUCUGGCGCAUCCUGGAUUUGACGUCCGUGUGUACCCGGUGGACGUUGCUGGAGAGCGACAUCGCCGCGCGCUGGUCGGACGAGACGGGCCGUGUGGCGCUCAUAGGCGACGCCGCACACGCGAUGGGACCUUAUGCCGGACAAGGAGCAGCCCUAGCCUUCGAAGACGCCGCUGUGCUCAGCACCCUCUUCCAGCGCAUGGUCUCCCCCGCGCAAAUUCCCGACCUCCUAACCAUCUACGAAACCAUCCGCAAACCUCGAGUCGAGGAAAUGAAGCGACAGGUACGCUGGAUCCGCCAAAGACACUCCAUGCGGGACGGGCCCCAGCAAGAGGAGCGGGACCGACAACUGCGCGAGCAGGCCCCAUUCGCCGGCACUGCCAAUUUCCUGGCGGACCCGGUCUUCCAGCCUUGGAUGUUUGGCUACGAUGCGCUUGCCGAGGCUGACAAGGCAUGGAAGACGUUCUCUCGGGGCGAGUUCCCGGGGACUCGCGGGACGUGGAGGGAAGGAGUGAAUGGGUCAUCAUGA